AUGUCGGCCUCCCGCAUUAUACCGGCAUCUUCGCGCACUCUCCUACUCACCUUCGACGCGUUCGGUACCCUUUUCCACCCGCGUCUCCCUGUUCCCGAGCAAUAUGCCGCGACAGCGCACCAAUUCGGGUUAUCGCGCACUACUAUCACCCCCGACAAACUUGAAACCGCAUUCCGGGACACCUUUCGUGAGCAGAUGCAUCGAUACCCGAAUUACGGUCGCGCGGAUGUUCUUCGAGGCCAAUACGGGGGCCCGAGGCAGUGGUGGGAGGAGGUGAUUAGGGGGAGUUUCGGGCGUGUUUUGUCUACAAAAAAUGAGAGCACGCAUCCUGGACAGCCCAAAGAGCAAAUUCCUGAUAGAAUGGUGGAAGUUCUACUCGAUCGAUUUGCUGGUUCUGAGGGGUACGCGCUCUAUGACGAUGUGCUACCCUUCUUCCAUCGACUGCGGAAACUGAAGUCCGCACAUAAGUGGUCGUUUGAUAGGAUCAUUGUAGGAGUGGUAUCCAACUCGGAUGACCGCGUCCCUGCUGUGCUGAAGUCGUUGGGGUUGACAGUUGGUGAUAUGCGCGCGGACCAGGAUCGAUCGAGUAUGGAUCUUCCCGGGUUUGAGAGACGAAAUAGCGAAGAAGAUGUUGCCGAGGAAUAUGACGAAGAUCGUAAAAACAUCAAUUAUAACCUCGAUAUUGAUAUGGUUAUUACGAGUUACGAGGCCGGUCAAGAGAAACCUCAUCGCUUGAUCUUUGACGUGACGAGACGGCAGGCUCUAAAGGUUGCCCGCCCAUGGUUGACCAGCAGAACUAAAUUCAAAUCUGUGCAUGUGGGGGAUGACUUUGAAAAGGAUUAUACAGCUGCAAGGGAUGCAGGUUGGGAGAGCUACUUGCUUAUUCGAAAUUCUAUUGAUCUCAAUCCGCCUGAAGCGAAGGAAUUCGAAGAUCUCCACCAAUUGGCAGAUAAAUUGGAGUGUUUCCCAUAA